CGUAACUUCCUUGUUUUUGUCGGAAACCAUUAAACUGAAACCAUUCCAGUAAUACACGGUCAAAAUAAACAGGAGACGAAAUGCACAUUACCAGAUCCGUCACUUACAGGCGGAGACGACAAGGCGGUACCGCCUAGGAGUUUUCCCUUAUUCCGGAUCCUUCCAUCUGUCACCCUCUUUAUGUGUGAAUCAUGAUGCUGUGCUGGGGAAGCAGUGCCUCGGGUCAGCUGGGCAUCGGUGCGUCUGAGGCGUCUGUCUUUGAGCCGAGGAGCUGUUGCAUGUUCGACGGGAGGGGUCUUAAAGAAGUUGCGUGCGGCAGCCAUCACUCACUCUUCCUGUUCCAUGAUGGGAGCGUUUACGCUUCUGGCUCCAACAGCUGUGGUCAGCUGGGCCAUGACAAGGGAGGAUGGAGGCCAGAGCUGGUUGGAGCUCUGGAUGCUCAGAAGAUCGCCGGCGUGUCGUGUGGGCAAGCUCACUCUCUGGUGGUGAACGAGCAGGGGCAGGUGUUUGCCUGGGGGGCCGGAGAAGGAGGGCAGCUCGGUCUGGGUGCGGCUGAAGAGGCGGUCCGCGUGCCCAGGUUGAUUAAAAAAUUAUGCGAGCAUCGAAUCUCACAAGUAAUGUGUGGCAAACAACACUGCAUAGCACUUUCGAAAGACGGUCAGUUGUUUGUAUGGGGAGAGAACUCCAGCGGUCAGCUGGGUUUAGGGAAGGGAGAGCCGAGCACUCUGUCUCCUCAACCGCUCAAAUCUCUGUGUGGGAUCCCACUGGCUCAGAUCAGCGCUGGAGGAGACCACAGCUUCGCCCUGUCGCUCUCUGGAGCCGUGUUCGGCUGGGGGAAGAACAGCGCCGGGCAGCUAGGCCUCAAUGACGAGCAAGAUCGGGCUGUUCCCUGUCACAUCAAGUUCCUGCGCUCACAGAAGGUGGUGUACAUCAGCUGUGGAGAGGAGCACACCGCUGCCUUGACAAAGGUAUUGAUCAACAGCCAAAAUAUAGCAGUGUGCUAUGGGAUAUUUGACAGCACACCUCUGUGUGUACGUCACAGGCACCACACCCUGGCAUUCGUGCCCUCCACUGGUCUGGUUUACGCUUUCGGCUGCAACACUCAGGGCCAGCUGGGUACAGGCCUCAGAGGAAAUGCUAAGAGCCCACUUCCUGUCAGAAACAUCCAGCCCCUGUGCAUUGGAAAUACACACACAAAAGCCGAGCGCUACACCAUUGGUAAAAUUCACAGUGGAGGCGAUCACAAUUUCCUGUUGUUGUCGACUACUAAGGAGGGUUCAUCUUGUCCUGAGGAUUUCCGCAUUCUGAAUACCACCAAAAGCAUCGCUGUGAUUAAUUCUGAGAGUCUGGACAGCUGGAGGAUGAAGCUCCAUGACAACAGCGAUUCAAGCAUCACCAAUGACAUCAUACUCCUGUUUUCCUCAACUGCAUGUUGGAAUGCCAGCUUUUUAGACCAAAGUGAUGACGGGCAUUUCAAAACCAACCCCAAAGUCCCUGGCAUCGAUUUCAAUGCUGUUAGGCUGCUUUUUGAGACGCUGAUGAAACCAGCCUUCGCGAGACUUUUGGAGCAGGCCACGAAGAGCUUUGAGAGUCUCCUGAUCCCCCAGCUGACCUGCUCUCCUCCUGACGUGGAAGCCAUGCGGAUCUACCUGAUCCUGUCUGAAUGUCCCGCUCUCCAGGACUCCAAAAACUACAUCUCUCUCACCAUCCCUCUAGCCAUGGCCAUCCUCAGACUGGACGCCAACCCCAGCAAAGUCCUCGAUAACUGGUGGUCUCUGAUGGAUUGCGAGGUUUUCUCCAGACUAGUGGAGAUGUACAAAAGCAUUGUUGUGUUUCUGUUGACUGGUGGGAAGGCGCUCCUGAUGCCUGUGUUUCUGGAGAGCUACACCAGUGCAGCUCUACGACUGCUGGAGAAACUACACAAGGUCAAUCUGAAAGUCCAUCGUGUGGAAUACAACCACUUCUACAUCCCUGAUAUCUCCAGGCUAGUGGACAUCCAGGAAGACUACCUCAAAUGGUUUCUGCGCAAAGCUGAUAUUAAAAUGCGAUACCCUCCAGUGCAGGGUUCUGUCACGUUAUGUGCCUAUCCGUUCAUAUUGAACGCACAAGCCAAGACAACCGUGCUGCAAACAGAUGCUGAGCUGCAAAUGCAGAUGGCAGUAAGCGGUGCUAACUUGCACAACGUCUUCAUGCUGUUGACUAUGGAACCUUUGCUGGCAAGAAACCCUUUCCUGGUUCUCCACGUACGAAGAAACCUCUUAGUCAGCGAUGCUCUCCGGGAGCUCACAGUCUACAAUGACGUAGACUUGAAGAAGCCACUUAAGGUCAUCUUUGAUGGAGAGGAAGCUGUGGAUGCUGGAGGAGUCACUAAGGAGUUCUUCCUGCUCCUACUGAAAGAGCUGAUGGAUCCGAUCUAUGGCAUGUUCACCCAAUAUUCAGAGUCCAAUCUGCUGUGGUUCUCUGACAAAUGUUUUGUGGAGCACAAUUGGUUCCAUUUGAUUGGGAUCAUUUGUGGUUUGGCCAUCUAUAACUCCACUGUGGUGGACUUGCACUUUCCCCUGGUGCUCUACAAGAAGCUUCUUAAUGUUUCGCCCACACUAGAUGACCUGAAAGAGCUUUCGCCUACAGAGGGAAGGAGUCUUCAGCAGCUCCUGGAGUAUGAGGGCGAUGUGGAGGAGACCUUCUGUCUGAACUUUGCAAUUACGAGAGAGUAUUACGGGAUCACAGAAGUUAAAGAGCUGGUACAGGGCGGGAAGACCAUCGCUGUGGACAAGACGAACAGGAAGGAGUUUGUUCAUGCGUAUCUGCAGUAUGUGUUCAGCGACUCUGUACAGGAGCUGUAUUCGGCCUUCUCCAGCGGUUUCCUGAAGGUCUGUGGUGGGGAGAUUCUCUCUCUCUUCCAGCCCUCUGACUGUGCUUUACAAUUUUAUUUAGACUCUGCCUUGUGUUUUUCAUGGCUUUGUAUCUUUUUUUUCCCCCCCCAGAAUGCCUCCUACAAGGGCGAGUUCUCUGCAUCCCACCCAACAGUUAAGAAGUUUUGGGAGGUGUUUCAUGAAUUUCCCUUGGAGAAAAAGAAACAGUUUUUAUUGUUUUUGACAGGCAGUGACCGCAUCCCCAUCCACGGCAUGGCCAGUCUACGCAUCGUCAUCCAAUCCACUGCUGUGGAAGAGCACUACCUUCCUGUGGCCCACACCUGCUAUAACAUGCUGGACAUGCCCUGCUACCAGACCAAAGAGACCCUGCGGCACCGGCUCACGCAAGCCGUGGAGCAGUACGAGGGCUUCAGUCUGGUCUGAGCAGGAUCUACAGAGGUGGCUUUCUGUAUGCUGACACUGCACUUUAAACCUGUGGAGAAAUGGAAACGAAUGCUGCUCUCGCGUUUAUUUUACCACAGAUGAGCACAUCCUGAAUCUCUUAUGAGUAAAUAUAUUAUUUUCUUAUUUUUACAGACGGACUCUGACUUGCUAAUUUGGUUGAAUCUUGAGAUGUGCAGUUUUUUUUUCUUUUUUUGCUUUCUUUUUGGUUAUAAAAAUUUAUAUUUUUUAAAUGACAAAAGUAAAUAAUAAGAUUAGGAUUGAGUUGGCAAAAAAUAAAUUCAUUUGAUUUUCUUUAUAUAUUUUGUAAAUGUUACUGUUUUUGAAUCAGAUUUUAAAACCGAUGGGUUGCUCUUGCCUAGACCACGUUAUUUUGUUAGGCAUGUCCAAACCUGUUCCUGGAAGGCCACUGUUUAGCAGAGUUUAGCUCCAGCCGUAAUUAAACACACCUGAGCCAGCUAAUUUAGGUCUUCAGAUCAAGUGUGUGUUGGAACAGAACUCAACUUUUCUCCAGGAGCAAGAUAGGACGCCCCUGUUAUUUUGCUAUUUUGAAUUUCUGGAAGGAAGUAAAAAAAUUUGGGAACAAAUUUAAUAGUUAAAGCAUAUGAAACGCCAAUCAAUCACUCAUUAUUGACUAUAGCUAGGUGUUUAAUCCCAUUCAGAAAGAGCCAUCGCAACCCUACAAAUCGGGGGCUCGUCCGGGAUGAAGACAGUAAAAGUAACAGCCCCAUCAGCACGGUAUACCGGACAGACAGUUUCAGGCCCAAUACAUUUGGGAUGCCCAAUCCUGGUCCUGGAGGGCUAAUGUCCUGCAGAGUUUAGCUCCAACUUGUCCCAACAUACCUGCCUGGAAGAUUCUAGUAAUCCUGAAGACCUUGAUUACCUUGAUUCGGGUUUUCAUUCAACUACGGUUGGGGUUAAACUCUACAGAACAGUGGCCCUCCAGCAACGGGAUUGGACACCUCUGCAAUACAUUAAAGGGAUUUAACUUGAUGAAUAAUCUCUUUUGUUUCUGAGCUUUCCAGUUCGGUCUGUGCUCAGAUCAGAUGUUACGCAUUUUCACUCCUCCUGAAUCCGUUUCACUGGUUUUCCUUUAAUGUACAGUAGCAAGCCAUUAGCAUAAAAAUGUCUUCUAUUAAUCAUAGGCAUGCAUGAGCAUGCCAUGCCCAGGUUGAACGCUGAAGCUGCUUUUUUGAAAUAUUUUAAUUAACUAUGGGGGAAAAAUCUGAUAUUUCUCUUAAAGUGACAUCAGUUGAGAUUUCAUUGAGGAACAAAUCCAGCAAUAACUACUGGUUGAUGUACGUGUACUAGUUAUGGGAUUUUAAUUAUGUUUUAAUCCAACAAAUGUGAAUAUUCUAACAGCUGUGUUCUUCUUCCGGUCAAUCCAUUGCCGCUUUCAAUUUAAUCCCUCCUGUUGUUUCACAGGAAGGUCAUAUGCUGUAAAGGGGAUUUUGUUUUCUACUCGCAUUUUCUUUCUGAGUGGAGCAUUAAUGUUAGGUUGUUAUUAAAACUGGAUCAGAGUGACUUAGCUUUGUGGUUUUCCGAUAUGGUGGAUGGUACAGGACUGUCAGGGACCACAGUGAGUUGUUUGCUGUGGCCUGUGGUGUUUUGCAUCUAGCUGCAUGAGAUGUAUUUGUUUGUACUUGAUGGAAGGCCAUAUAAAGAAGUGUUUCUAUCCAACUUAUUCCUUUCUGUCAAUGUAUGCAAACAAGGGCUUCUUAGUGGCUACUGAUGCAUUGUUAUUUUAGUAAAGUAUAUUUACUUUUAUAGCUUUCAAAUGGAAUAUAUUGUUUUAUC